AGCAGCAUCAGCUGUUAGCUCUGCUUUAAGCCCUUUCGCUGCCGACCGCUGCCUGCACAAAGGAAAUAUAUGAGAUCCCCUCUAAUCCCUGAAAUGGCGACACAGGAGGUACAGCUGAAUGAGACUCUGGCCCAUCUCAAAACGGAAUCGGAGACGCUGAAGACGAAGCUGGAGGAGGAAAGAGCGAAGCUGCACGAUGUCGAGCUGCAUCAGGUGGCAGAGAAGGUGGAGGGACUGGGUCAGUUUGUCAUGAAAACCCGAAGAACUCUGAAGGGACAUGGCAACAAAGUUCUGUGUAUGGACUGGUGCAAGGACAAGAGGAGGAUCGUCAGCUCCUCACAGGAUGGAAAAGUGAUUGUAUGGGAUGCUUUCACCACCAACAAGGAGCACGCUGUGACAAUGCCUUGCACCUGGGUGAUGGCCUGCGCCUACGCCCCCUCUGGAUGCGCUGUAGCCUGUGGGGGCCUGGACAACAAAUGCUCCGUGUAUCCUCUGUCCCUGGACAAGAAUGAGAACUUGGCUGCAAAGAAGAAGUCAGUGGCCAUGCACACGAACUACCUGUCUGCCUGCAGCUUCACCAACUCGGACAUGCAGAUCCUGACGUCCAGCGGGGAUGGUACAUGUGCAUUAUGGGAUGUUGAGAGUGGGCAGCUGUUGCAGAGUUUCCAUGGACACGCAGCAGACGUGCUCUGUCUGGACCUGGCCCCCUCCGAGACCGGGAACACAUUUGUUUCAGGGGGUUGUGAUAAGAAGGCCAAUGUGUGGGACAUGCGUUCAGGACAGUGUAUUCAAUCCUUUGAAACUCAUGAAUCAGACAUAAAUAGUGUGCGAUACUAUCCCAGUGGAGAUGCAUUUGCGUCUGGCUCCGAUGAUGCUACAUGCCGUCUGUAUGACUUACGGGCAGACAGAGAAGUGGCUAUUUAUUCCAAAGAGAGCAUCAUAUUUGGGGUCUCCAGUGUUGAUUUCUCUCUUAGUGGUCGGCUAUUGUUUGGAGGCUACAACGACUACACCAUAAACGUUUGGGAUGUCCUCAAAGGAACACGGGUGUCUAUUCUGUUUGGACAUGAGAACCGCGUCAGUACACUGCGAGUGUCUCCCGAUGGGACGGCCUUUUGCACAGGUUCCUGGGACCACACUCUUCGGAUCUGGGCUUAAGGAUGAAGAUACAGAGGAUUAAAUGGUAGACAGACCUGCUGAAGACACACCGAUGUUUCUGUUUGCUAGAGUACAAUCACAGAGAUAGAGACUCAGUCUUGGUUGUACAUAGAGCAUAUUAAUAGCAUUGUAUGUACUCCAGUCUCAUGGCCAGGGUAGAUUUACAUAUUUCAGACAGUAAUUAAACCAAAUGGCACGCUUGUAUUACAAUAUGAUUGAAAGAAAAUUGCACAGAAGUACUUACGGUUACAACUUAAGAUGUAAAAUAUAUACUGCAGAAAAUAUAAUUGGUAGUGACUAGCAUCAGUCUAGGAUAGAAGUGACACAAUAAAGUGAUGUAUUGUAUGUGGCCACAUUAAGGACAUUACUUGUUUAUUUAAUUGUUUUUUUGCACAAAAAAUAAUGGAGGAAUUCAGUCGGUGGAUGAAAAUAGGACACAUGGAAACAAAAUGCAUCUGCGGGAGAAGCAGUGAGGUUUAUAAACAAGGCCUCAGCUUCACUCAGUUAGACUUAGUCAUGCCACAGACUGA